GUCCUUGUAUCACUUCCAUCUAAUGGUCCAGACUUUGUAGCUGGGAUUGGCUCUCCAGGACGUAUCUGAUAGAUACCAGGAUUAGCCCAAACACCUGAACCUCUCCUGUCACCAGUACUAACAUUCUUACUAUUUUGUAAGAAUACACAGUGCUGCUUACUGCCCUCAGCUUCGUUUUCAGCUCUUGGUAGUCUGUUCUGGGGGCUCAGUGGACAGUGGUAUAAGGAAAUGCUAGAUCUAGUGAUAUCACCCAGCCUGACUGUAAAUAGAGAGUGCCCUGACAGACUGAAGCUUAACCUUACUAACAUUUAUGCCACGGCUCCAGAUGACAUAGAAGGCAACAGCAAAGCAGCACCACAGUGUCCUCUCCAUCUGUACUCAACAAAACAUUAUCCCCAUAUAGUGACAGUCCAGACUUUCCCAGCAAUGGCAACAUAUGGACAGACUCAGUACAGUGCAGGAAUCCAGCAGGCUGCUGCAUACACUUCCUACCCUCCUCCUGCGCAGCCCUAUGGCAUACCUUCCUACAGCAUCAAAACAGAGGACAGCCUGAGCCAUUCCCCAGGACAGAGUGGGUUUCUUAGCUAUGGAUCCAGUUUCAGUACCCCGACUGCUGGGCAAGCACCGUAUACCUACCAGAUGCAUGGCACAACAGGGAUUUACCAGGGAGCCAAUGGCCUGACAAAUUCUGCUGGAUUCAGUGCUGUGCAUCAGGAAUAUUCAUCAUACCCAAGCUUUCCUCAAAGCCAGUACUCACAGUAUUACAGCUCUUCCUACAACUCUCCCUACAUGUCCACAAACAGCAUCAGCCCUUCAGCCAUCCCAACCUCCACUUACUCUCUGCAGGAGUCUUCUCACAACAUCACCAGUCAGAGCACAGAAUCGCUGUCUGGAGAAUAUGGAACAACACCGGCAAAAGAUAUAGAAACAGACAGACAUCACAGAGGGUCUGAUGGCAAGGUACGAGCCCGAUCAAAAAGAAGCAACGAUCCUUCCCCCACUGCUGACAAUGAGAUUGAGCGUGUCUUUGUGUGGGAUUUGGAUGAGACGAUAAUUAUUUUUCACUCCUUACUCACGGGAACCUUUGCAUCCAGAUAUGGGAAGGACACGACAACGUCUGUGCGGAUAGGUCUUAUGAUGGAAGAAAUGAUCUUCAACCUUGCAGAUACACAUCUGUUCUUUAAUGACCUGGAGGAUUGUGACCAGAUCCACAUAGAUGAUGUAUCAUCAGAUGAUAAUGGUCAGGAUCUAAGCACGUAUAACUUCUCUGCAGAUGGCUUUCACAGUUCAGCUGCCAGUGCAAAUCUAUGUCUGGGCUCAGGCGUUCAUGGGGGAGUUGAUUGGAUGAGGAAAUUAGCAUUUCGCUACCGCCGGGUGAAAGAGAUGUACAAUACCUACAAAAACAAUGUUGGGGGUUUAAUAGGAGCUCCUAAGAGGGAAACCUGGCUGCAGUUAAGAGCAGAACUCGAAGCGCUGACUGAUCUCUGGCUCACACAUGCUCUGAAGGCGCUGAAUUUGAUACAUUCCCGGCCUAACUGUGUAAAUGUAUUGGUAACCACAACUCAGCUGAUACCAGCUCUGGCAAAAGUGCUUCUGUAUGGACUAGGCACCGUAUUCCCAAUUGAAAACAUUUACAGCGCAACAAAAACAGGAAAAGAGAGCUGUUUUGAAAGAAUAAUGCAAAGGUUUGGAAGGAAAGCUGUGUACAUUGUAAUAGGAGAUGGUGUUGAAGAGGAACAGGGAGCAAAAAAGCACAACAUGCCAUUCUGGAGAAUCUCUUGUCAUGCUGACCUGGAAGCUCUUCGGCACGCCUUGGAACUUGAAUAUUUGUAGCAGACAUCUUAGCACUGUGAGGGCUUCACUCAAACUGUCACAUCGGUUCCAAUUCUUCAGCGUUUUCUUAUUCAAAAAAAAAUCCCACAGCAACUGCAGUUUUUCUUUUUUUGAAGGAGAUCCCUUUCAGUGGAAGCCUCUAAGAACUUGCAGCCAAAGAACAUUCUGUCAAGUCCUUCCUUUGAACAGAGGAAAAGCCUUCAGUUAACUCUGGGGAUCCCGCAGUUACACGCUUAAGCUGGGUGCACAGAGCGGUAACUGCCCUUUGGCCAUCAACGAGAACCCCCAGAAGCCUUGGGUCUACUUGUCAGUUUUCUUGCUUUUCAAAGGGGAAGAGGAAAUAUUAAAGACUGUGAGAUAUCCUGUGCAUAACACAUCGUACCACGUCCGACCUUCUGCAGAUAAGAGUGAAACUGUUGAUUUUUUGUUUUGUUUGUAUGUUUUUUUUCUUUUAAUUUAUGAACUAAUCUCAUUACUCUGGUAUUAAGCUCUGUACCUGUGUUUUUAAUCUGGCUUUUUGGGGUGGGUGGGUGGGGAAAGUCCUGCCAUUCUAAAUUAAGAAUUCAUUCUUCCAGGACAGUAUCUGGAGAAAAUCACAUUGUGUACAUUUAUCAUAAGGACACAUGGGACUGUUGGUAAGAACUGUCGCUGUGUUUUUACACCUUACAUGGAUGGUCUGUGGAUUGUGCAUGUGUCUACACGGUGCCUUAUGCUGCCAUCUCAGUUUGGGUGGGAAAAAAGUACCCUGUGAUGAGUGAAAGGCAUUAAAUAAAUAAUAAUAAAAAACCAGUUUACAUUUGGGGGAUUAGGUUACCUGCCUUCUCUUCUCUCCAUCACUCCUGGAUCUCGUGGUACAUGUAGAACACACUCCUUGUCUCAAGGCAGAGUUGGUCUAGAAGUGCUCUGAACACAGCCUGCCCCGUCCUGUUUGUUGGGGUGUCAGAGUGCAGAUGGUGGCUGUGCCCUCUGGGAGAGAACACAGACAUUCAGAACCUACUUGUCUUGCAAAGGAAGAUCUCCAAUGCAGGUGUGCAUAUUUAUUUUUAUGUAAAUAAACAUAUCUACAAUUAAGCUGCACCUUUAGGACUUUUGCUGAACUGCAGUUAAUUCCUGCUGACAAUGUAUUUCAAGUCUUUGGGUUUGGUUUGGUCUCUGAUUCACUUUCAAAACUAUUCUCUUACUUGCACCAAAUAACCUCAGAAGGAUCACAGCCUCACUGGAGCAGGAUGUUAAAAGGAGAGAAGCAAAAGUAAUACAGUCUCCUUAUCUAUUGUGUGCAUCAAGAUCAAACACGUACAAGUUAGGAGUCUUACAUGAGUACUGCACAAACCUGAGUCAACUCUGAAUGUAUUCAGAGAUUCUCAAGUCAAGAAUUCUCAUUUCUACCUCCAGCCUUGUUGGCAGGAUUUUGCUCUCAGUGCCUGCUGGUGCUUUGCUCACCAUUACUGUAACUGAGUUCUCCGUACUUUCCCAGCUAAUGAUUUUCACUCACCCACAGGUAACAGCUGAUCAGGGUCCUGCAUGCCAGCAUUAGGAGCAUGUUUGUCAGACCGGGCACGGUGCUCCUUCCAGUCACAGCAGCAGGUCUUGGUCUCUCAACAGAGCAACAGGAUCGAGGUUCACUGUUGCAGAAUCCGAUGGCAGGAAGGUGUCUAACAGCUUUUUACACGUGAGCACACACAGAAAACACACACACACACACACACACACACACACAGGCUUUGCUCAGCAUUUUAACCUCCCUGCAAACACACCCAUAAGAGCUUUUUACUCACAAACACACAUAAGGCUUUAGGGAACACGCACACACUUUGCUUGGCAUUUUCACCUGUUUCAAUGCGUUUGCACACAGUAUCACAGCAUAAGAUCCUGCUCAGUCACAUCAUUAACCGGAUCUGAAAUAACAGAAUUUUGUCACCUAACCACAAACCUGCCAUGAAGGUUAUUGCAGAAACGUGCUUCUUCGCUGCAGAUAGAAAACACGUGGGAAUUAUUUUACCAGCUUCCCGUGUUGAAUUUUUUCCUUGCAAAUUCUCACGUUUAACCACAAGAGGGCAGCUGGGCUUCACCACGAGCCUCCUGUACACAGCUGAGUGACAGCCUGGUUCAGUGCAGUCCAUCUCAAAACGCCGGAGUCGCUGCCAUCUUACCUGGUGAGCGUGAGCUAAACAGCAGCUCUCAGCAUUUCACCGUUCUCCUGUAGGAAAUACGAUUGGACAGACACAAGCAUCGCGGAGCUGACAGACUCGGCUGAGCACACCUGAACUGACCGACCAGUGCCAAGGAGGACGAGAGCCUGCGACUCUGGAAGGACUGACUGCUCUGGUCUCCAUCCAGCCCUCACCAUCUGGGGUCUAAAGCAAACGUCAGAGCAUCCUGAAUGUGACAUUAGCACAUUCUUUCUGAACAUCGUAGGAUUCCUGAAGCUGCAUUAAAGUGAGGAAAAUAUUGCCACUGCUUAGAAAAGUUCUGGAUUCAGCUGGCCCAGAUGAAGAACACCAGCAUCAAUCGUCCAUCCUAACCAAGUGGAGGCCUGAGUGAGAAUGGAAGAUCAUAAUACAGAAAUUUCUAAGCUCAAACUCCAAGAAAAGAUGAUUUUGUGCCCCAAACCAGAGAUACCAGCAUUAAUGCACCCAGAUGCCUCUUAGUAGGUUAUAACAGAAGACAGGAAACCUGGGGCAGCCGAUGAGUGAAGUUUUCCCAAGAUAACACACAACCCCAGAGGCUUCUCAUCAGUCACAGUGCCCACAGCAGCUGAAGACCAAGGAUUACCAUCCUCCCUGCAGUCACUGCAAUGCAAGCGAAGACCCUCCAGGAUGGAGUCUGUCUCCAGAAAAUCAGGAAGUCUACAAUCAGAACAAAGUAAUUUUCCAGACCCACUGAUGGUUCCAGAACUCAGCUCCCAAGGAAAAGAGAUGCUACUCUCUAUAUAAGUAAUUCACCUUAAAGUAGGGGCCUACCCUUUAUGCUCAUAUCACAUCAGUGUUAUCUCCCCCUGUAUGUCCAAGCCAGGGAUGUGUUCUUCCUUCACUUUUAGUUAAAAUCUUCAGGGGGAAAAAAAAACAAACAAAAAAAGAACUUCACACCAUAACCAGCCAAAACGGGACUAAAAGCGGUCACCAAUAUAUCUGAGAUUCCUUGAAUCUUGGCCUGCUAACAAGUCUUUGCUGGGAUCCGUCAUCCAUGAUUCCACAUGAAAGAAAAAAAACACUGGUUAUUGAAAUCUAAAAGGAAAAUAAUCACUGGAAUAGAGGCUGCAGAAAGCACUGCGUGUUCUCAGCCUCUUUGAAUCGCUCACCUCCUUUCUAUUUCUUCAGUGACGGAGGUCACAAUGUUAUUAAUCCAACGUUCCAGCCACAUUUCAGAACAUCAUUCCAGGCUUGCAAUAUUUGUGCUUCUCUUUAAGCAGUAGCACUGAGAACAUUGACUUUGUCUGUUUUAUAAGUGCCUGUAACAAAAUAACCACAUGAGCAGGUACUUGAACAGCCGGGUUUUAUAAGGAGCCGUUUCAUUGGCUCGCACUGUUUCUUCCAUCAGAUCCCUAUGGAACACACAGCAGCCCUGCCCCAGCUCCUGCCCUCUCAGAGGACUGCAGCACUGCUCAGCAGGCAGCCCCCAUCUCAGCUCACAAACACUGAGCACGACUGGAUCUACUAUUUCUAUCCUUCCCAUCCAGCCCCGAUGCAAAGGCGGUCAGUGUAACACAACAAGCACCGGACCUCUUCUGCUAAUAAACGUCACCAGGUGUCACACUGCAGACUGAAUGGAACUGGAAAUCCAGGAACACAAAGCACUUUUCUAAAACGGUUUAAUAAAAAGCUGUGAAGUUUCUUGGAACACUGCAGGAACCCAAAGCGAACCACGCGUCAGCUCUUAGUCACAGAGAAACACCACUUUCAAAAAAGAUAUUUAAGUUUAAUACAAAUUUUAUACAAAGAAAAUGUGAAAAAAUACUUCCAUAUGCUAAAAGCAAUUAUGCUUCACAAAUAAGGCCAGCUAGGCUAUUUUUGACACAACUGCAGUUCACGAAUAUUCUGCUCUCGCCUUUUUCUUCUAAGACUUUCCCCCUAACUCGGGUUCUAGCUGGAGACUGUACAGACCGCAAUCUUUUAUAAACAAUGGGAAAAAUCAACAUGACUAAAAAUGUACAACAGAAUGUACUGGAAUGAUAUCAUACAUUAAUUUUCUCAUAUACAUACAUCACCUUUGCUUUGUUCAAUGCUUUCGUUUUACACAACGUACAAAAUGGUACUACAGUAUAAGUGUAACAGACAGCAUUUCCAUGGGUUACUUUCUCUCAUACUGCACUGCUUCAUGCUUACAUAAAAACAUAAAUUCCAUCAUAUAAAUAAUACAUGCUCUGGCCCAGCAUCAGAAGUCCUUUGCCCGCGUUUCCUGAUCCAUGCUUUUCUCCACACCCCAAGCUCUUGUUCCACGUGAAAAGCUUCUCAAAGUCCUUUGUAGAGGAUUAGAAUUAAAAAUAAAAGAUAAAAGGAAGAAAACUGAACUGUGAAGAAUAGGAAAAAGAAAACAACCCUCUCCUCUGUGAAAUCAGUGAUACGACAGCACGGCACCAACCAGCUGGUGUUACACUGCACAACUCCUCACAUAUCAACCUGAAUGAAAUUCACCUUGUUUCUUGUAAACAAUUUUAACAGUCUGGUCACUGUAAAAAAAAACAACGCAAAUCUUUACGUAUCUCAGGUCCACAGACGGGAAAUGUCAGAACUGGCCUAACACAAUGAACAGAAAGAAAGAGAGCCUUCAUCAUUUGGUUGAAUUCUACAAGAGUCUCCAAGUGCAGAAAUGGUUCUCAUCCAAAUGCAAAUCGAGUUGUUCAGGUUCUUCAGGUUAUUUGAUGCACGACUGCCAUUUUCCCAGACCAGUUUUCAGUGUUAGCUUAUGAUAAGGCUGCUUUAAACCUUUCUUUUCCAACUUCAAACACUCUUUAUAAGUUAAAGUCAUACAAAUAUAAAAAGGAGAUGGAACUCUAACUUCAGUGACAUCCACAAAUUGUACAUUAUUUACAAAAGAGGCAGAGAUUUGACACGGAUCUUACCUGUCCUCAGCUUUUCUAAGCCAGCGCUAAUGCUUUACAUUAAUGUAGUGUAGUUAAUGCUUUGUACGUUUAUACAAAGCUUAAGUCUGAACCUUUGAGGUUAAUCCAAAGAACUGUGUUUAUUUUUCACAUUUCUAUUAGAUUUAUAUAUUCCAACAAUUGUAUGGACUUCUUGUUAGCAGUUAGACUCUUCGUACUUGGACUGGCAUUGUGGUCUGAACAUACUGAACUCCAGUUCUCAUUGCCACUGUCCCAGCAGAAGGACUUACCGCUACAGGAAUGGUCUGUGGAUUAAAACCAAGAGAAACAUAUUGUUAUGUUAGAGGUCAUAUAAACAUGACCACAGAAAUAGAGAUUUAUCGUCCAGGGAAAAUCCAGAACAAGCUCCAAUUUUGUGCAAGGAUUAAUACCUUUAUUACCACAAUAUUACCUCAUUCCAAGGCAGAAAGUAGUGUAUUACUUUCCUAUAGCCAAGAGGGUUUUGGGUUUUUUUCCUGUAUAAUUGUUCCUUUAUAAUUACUGGGACCAGCUGUUCCUAUAGGUACUGUACACACCCUACCUAUGCUUGGAGAAUUAGGUUUUCAAAGCUACUACAUCCAGUUAUGUAUUUUCCCCAAAUAAAUUCACAAAAAAAAAA